AUGAUGCAGCAGCAGCAUCAGCCAUCGAUGAAACAAGUCAUGUCAAUAAUAGCAGAGCGUGACGCAACGAUCCAGAAGAGGAAUCUUGCUAUAUCAGAGAGAAAAUCAGCUGUAGCUGAAAGAGACAUGGCGUUUCUGCAGCGAGACACGACCAUCGCUGAGCGAAACAACGCCAUAAUGGAGAGAGACAAUGCUCUUACAGCGUUACAAUACCGUGAGAACUCCCUGGCUUCUGCUUCUUGUGCUGGUGCAGUUGCUAAUAUGGCUUUAUGUCCACGUGGUGUAAAUCACAUACACCAUCCGCACAUGCAUCAUCAGCAACAUCACAUGCUUCAGUUGAGUGAUACUCCUUAUGAGACCAGAGAAAUGGAGCUAAAUGAUGCUCUCCCAACAUCACAGUUAGCCUUGGAAUCUGCCAAACCAAAACGUGGUAAACGGGUGAAAGACCCAAAGGUGACAACAAAGACCACUGCUAAUAAGAGAGGGCCAAAAGGCCCAAGGAAGGUUAAGAAAGAGAACGAAGACGACUUAACCAAGAUAAUGUUUGUAAAGACAGCCCUUGACUACGGAGAAGAAGAAGAAGCAACGGGAUCGAAACCGGAUUGGAGAAACCAAGAGAUGGUAGGGCUUAACCAGGUUGUGUAUAACGAGACAACAAUGCCACCACCUGUAUGUUCAUGUACAUGA